CUUGCUUAGCUAGAGAGAGGUUGAGUUGGCAUCAGCUGGGUCAACAGGCCCGCCCGUUUCCCCUUUUUCUGUUUUCGGACACAAUGUUUCCUUUUGACCUGUGGUCCUCGCACCCUGCUGUGCCAGUCCAUUGGCUCCCCAGUGUGGAUUUCAGCCUUGGUGACAUAUUACCAGCCGAACUGUCUCCAAUAGCCAUCAGCUAAGCCGAGCAGCAUAAAGUUUGUUUUUAUUCAAACUUCAGCAGUUUUCUAGUUGUUCUGCUGAGGCAGUGACAUCAAUGUGUGACAUCACGCAAAUUGAUGUCACAAAGAGCGAUGCACACUUUGUGGAGCUAGAGGGCAUCACAGAGCUGCACGCUUGAAUUCUACGGUCAUAACCAUUGAAGAAGAGAGACAGAGAGCACGUAGUAGUAUCCUAACAAGAGAUUGAAAAUGAAAGCUUUUCGAGAUAAAGAGGCAAAUCCUAACACACAAGUAAAGAAAAUCAUUGAGAAAUUUUUGGAUUUGUCCAGAGAAAAGGGAUCAACAAUGAGUCGCAGCAGUAAGACAUCAUCUUGUGAUUCUGGAAAGGAAAAAGUACAACAGACAUUAGCUAAAGAGACACAGAAGCUCCAUGGAAUAUUGAAAGAAGUUGGCAUGAUGUCCAUUGUAAAACAGUCUCUGAUUGAAGGAAAUGAGGAGCUGAACAUGCAAGUUCUGAACAUAGAACAAGCUACAUUUGAAAAAGACAAGCUUCGAGACAAAGAUGAGGAAUUAAACAAACUGUUGCACAUAAACAGAACCUUAAAGGAGAACAACACCACCCUGGAGCAGAAUACCACUGCCUUGGAGAACAAAAGCACCUCCCUGAAGCAGAGAAUCAAUGCCCUGGAAAAGGACAAAAAUACCCUGGAGCAGGAAAAAACUGCCCUAGGGCAGAAAAGCACCGCUCUUCAGCAGAGAAUCAAUGCCCUGGAGAAGGACAAAGAUACCCUGGAGCAGGAGAAAACUGCCCUAGGGCAGAAAAGCACCGCUCUUCAGCAGAGAAUCAAUGCCCUGGAGAAGGAAAAAAAUACCCUGGAGCAGGAGAAAACUGCCCUAGGGCAGAAAAGCACCGCUCUUCAGCAGAGAAUCAAUGCCCUGGAGAAGGAAAAAAAUACCCUGGAGCAGGAAAAAACUGCCUUAGGGCAGAAAAGCACCGCUCUGGAACAGAGAAUCAACACCCUGGAGAAAGAAAAAAGUACCCUGGAGAAGGAAAAAACUGCUCUAGGGAAUAAAAACACCACUCUGAAACAUAUAAACCAUGCCCUGGAAAGGGAAAGAAAUACCCUGGAGCUGGAAAACACCAUUUUCGACGAGAUAAACACCGUCUUGGAGCAGAAAAGAGCCUCCUUGGAGGAGAAAAGCAACUUCUUGGAACAGAUAAACACCGCCCUGACGCUGAACAGCACCACUCUGGAGCAGAAAUGUACUCUCUUGGAGAAUUUAAACACUGCCUUGGAGCAGCAAAACGAGAUCCUGGAGCAGAAAAAUACUGACUUGAAGAAUAUGAACACCGACCUGCAGCUUAAACUGGAGCAGCUGAACCAGCAGCCACCUGAACAGAAAACCAGUGAAAACAUCCAAUCAGUUUCAGAUCAGCCACAGAAGCAGCUGCCUAUAUUCAGACGUGUCAUCAGUGGCGUCUCCAAUACAUUCCUGAAAAUGUACCAAACAGGUACUCUCAGGUACUGGAUUGACACUUGGUACUUCUAAAUAAAGAAGUGUGAUGAGGGCUCCAAGCUUCAUGCUUGAGUAUCUGUGGCAGAAAGGCUAGAGGACAACAGAACUGCGGUGUCAGGGGAGCUUGACACUUGUGGACUUAUGGCGGAAAAGCUUAACGCUUGAAAGAUGUUGACAGGAGAGCUUGAGGCCCGCAGGACUGCGGUGCCAUGGGAACUUGAGGCCAUCGAACACAGUUAGGCGUCAGAUGAGGAGCUUGGUCUGCUGACCCCAAGCUCCUCCCGGCCUGCCUCCAGG